GUAUUCUUUUCUUUUGCAAUAUGCGUGUUAUGCGCAUUUUAUUUUUUAUAUUAUUAUUUUGUAUUGGGUUCAUCCAGUGGUCGGAGUGUGUCUUCGGCCAAACGAAUUCAAUAGACACGAAUCAGAAAUCCACAUUGAGACCUGCAGUGGAACGGGUGUUUUCACGUAAGAAAAGAUGGAUGCUAUUUCCAAAAGGAGCACAUCUCAAGUUCACUUUGAAUGUUAGUAAACGUCUGCUAGCCAUGUUUCCGAAAGGAUUUAAUUUUAAUUUCGAAGCGGCAGUUUACUAUCCAAUGCCCUCCGCUAGAAUAGAUCUGAUACCUAAGAGAUUUAGAAAACCUACUACGAAAGCACCUGCUCCUAAGGGGCCCACACCGCUGAACUUAGUUGGAAUACCGGGAUCGUUGAUAAAAUACCGUGCCAAACCGGCAACUAAACCACCAAAGGUGCAACGUAUUGACCAAAAUGUGUCAUCAUUGCAAUGGGUAUCAUCACCAUCAUCCUCUUCAUCCAAUUUAUAUUUUAACAACUCUCAAACGUGGUCCAAAUACAGUUCCUCCGAAUAUUUGAAAAACUAUCAGUGGUCACCGGAAAAGCAACAAAAAUAUGUGAAUAAAUAUUCCAACUACAAUAAUAAUAAAUGGAAUCGAUGGUCUUCAAAUGCAAAGUGGCCACAAACAAUACAAUAUCCAUCUAUCAAUAACAAGUGGAAUCCUCGACCCCGUUUCAGUAGAGAUGUUAGUAAUGUCGAUGACCAGAUUUCAUCAAUAGACGACUAUCAUCACAGGGAAUAUGAACCAAUUUACUUUGAGGAUCUAGAACCAUUUGAAGACUCUCCCCACUAUCAUUCAUAUCGAGGUCGUAGAGAACUAUUUCAUCACUUUGAAGGGUUUUCAAAGAUUUUAGGAAUCGAUAUGAAAUCUUGCAUCUUGAGAGCAGUGUGUGAUAGUAAAAGGUUUUUAUUGCCACCUGGUUAUUCCAUGAUUCAGGAUAUACUACGAGUUGUCUUCACAUUUCCAACAAUUAAUGGUUUAAAAGACGACUACACUCGCAUAAUGGAGACAGAUUACGAAACUUGUGAUGCUCACGUCCACAAUAAGUGUCCGUUUAGUAUUUUAGAUUGGUUACUGAAUUCGAAAAAAUCUCUGUGAGACAAU